GGGUUGCUGGCGCCCUGGGAGGAGGAGGAGGAGGAGGAGGAGGAGGAGAAGGCGGCGGCGGCGGCAGCGGUUGCGCCGCGACCAGGAGGAGCCGGUCGCGCCGGGCAGCGGGUCCGCGGCCGGCGGGGUACGAUUUGAGAAGAUCUGAUCACCUGGAAUUAAAGUUGGCUCAGAAACCUUUUCAACUGAAAAAAUGUUGGAGGAAGAUAUGGAAGUGGCCAUCAAGAUGGUGGUUGUAGGGAAUGGAGCAGUUGGAAAAUCAAGUAUGAUUCAGCGAUAUUGCAAAGGCAUUUUUACAAAAGACUACAAGAAAACCAUUGGAGUUGAUUUUUUGGAGCGACAAAUCCAAGUCAAUGAUGAAGAUGUCAGACUAAUGUUGUGGGAUACAGCAGGUCAAGAGGAAUUUGAUGCAAUAACAAAAGCCUACUAUCGAGGAGCCCAGGCUUGUGUGCUUGUAUUUUCUACCACAGACAGGGAAUCUUUUGAAGCAAUUUCCAGUUGGAGAGAGAAAGUAGUAGCUGAAGUUGGAGAUAUACCAACUGUGCUUGUGCAAAACAAGAUUGACCUCUUGGAUGAUUCUUGUAUAAAGAAUGAGGAAGCUGAGGCACUGGCAAAAAAGUUAAAGCUAAGAUUCUACAGAACGUCAGUGAAAGAAGAUCUAAAUGUGACUGAAGUUUUUAAAUAUUUGGCUGAAAAAUACCUUCAAAAACUCAAACAGCAAAUAGCUGAGGAUCCAGAAUUAAUGCAUUCAAGUAGUAACAAAAUUGGUGUCUUUAAUACAUCUACUGGAAGUCAUUCGGGUCAGAAUUCAGGUACUCUUAAUGGUGGAGAUGUCAUCAAUCUUAGACCCAACAAACAGAGGACCAAGAAAAACAGAAAUCCUUUUAGCAGCUGUAGCAUACCCUAAAACACUUUAGGGAGGAAAAAAAGUUGAAUUAUAUUGUGCAAUUCAGUAAGAAACACAUCCAGCUGUCAUGGUAUGUUACAAGAUUUUUUUUUUUAGCAGACUUUGCACCUAAUGGCUCUGUGAAAGUUGACAGACUUAAAUAUUGUUCUGCAGUGCUUUUCAGAUGGAGCGAGAUCUUUGAUGGAAAAAUUACUGCCUUGUGGACUCAUUUUAAUUCUUUUACAUCAGACGAAGCUUCUCCUGUUUUUGAAGGAAUGCUAUAAGAAAUGUCCCAAACAGGUUUUGCUGAAUUUUAAGUGCUGGAAAACAUAAGUGGAAUGCCUGAAUGUAUUGGUACAGGAUGUAUUGUCCAGGAAAGAUAGCAAGCAUUGUAUUUCCGAAAUUGGUUAUACAGCUUUUCUGGAAAGGGGUAUUGAAGUCAAAUACGUACAAAAAAAUAAUAUUGAAAGGUAAAUCCUAAGUCUUGCCAGACUGCAUGAGUUUGUAUUUUGGCAAUGUUACUUGUGCAAUAUCUGUAUGGCGUGGAAUGUGGAGGUCUGCAUGCAGAUAUCUGGUACUGAAGUAUACUGAAGGGAUAUUCAGUAUUUAAGGAAACCUAGAAUCUAAUUCGUUAAUUCAUACAAUCAUUUACACAUUGUGUGUAUGUUGAAAGCUUUUAUUUUCAAAUAAGAAAUUCCAGACAUAUAUUUUGCAAAAUGAGCUCAGAUUUUAAAAGUGCUUUGUGCCAAAAAUAUCAUACCUAAUUUUUACAGUGCUUUACUAUCAGAAUUUAUAUUGUUUAUAUCUUUAAAAAGCAGUUUUCCUCUCUGACAGGGUAGAUAAAAGAGGAGUAUAAAUGUUUGAAUGCUUAGAGUAUCUCCCAGGUGAGACAUGUUGCAAACUUUUUCCUGUGUGCACCCAUGAGCAGUGGGGAGCUUGUGCUGGCCGCGCCCUUCUGAAGGUCAAGUGCCCCCUCGGUCAUUCCUGGGGCCUGUGAAGUGUGCUGGUGCGUCUGGCACCUUUUGCUGCUGACUGAAAAUGCAGUUUGGAACUUAAAAGAUUAUGCUAACAAUUUUUUUAAAUGAAGAAGGGAAGUUCUUUUGUCUUAAUCUGCAUUACGGAUUUUCUAAUGCCCUGCAACUCUAAAGCAUCUUUUCAUUUAUACAUUUUUGUAUGGUAUUUUAAGAUUAUCACUUAAAAAUUUCUAUAAACUUCAGUUUAUAUAGCCCCUUCGCAAGAGUUCUGUCAGUACCGAAUGCAAAAUAAUUUCUUUUAAGAACUGAUUUUCAUAUGUCAUCAUGUGGCAGAGCAUACAUUUUUUGACUUGGGACGGUAGCUUUCCAACUAAGAUAAUUAAUUGCAUGAACUCUGCUAAUAAGUGAUUAUCAUUCAUCAGUGACUUUGUUUUUAACCCCUUGUGAUAUAUCUGGUUUUUAUAGGAUUUCAAGACAUGUAAAAAUAACUUUUCUUGGAAAAUGUGUCAUGAAAGUCGUUUUUCGUUAUUUGUACUAAAUGCAUAAUGUUGUAUGUAUUUCCUCUUUGUGUUUUCUCUGUCUCUCUCUUUUUAAGUCUUCCAUCUGUACCAUCCCCAUCUCUCUGUCCAGGUUAAUGUUGAGAAGAUAAUAGAAUUUCCUGGUGCAUGUCCUUGCUAAAUGGUCAAGAAUGAAUAUUUGCUCUUCAUAAUAUUGAAAUAAUCUGGCAUCUAUCUACUCUAAAGUAAUGUAAAAUGUUAGUUUUUGUCAUCAUUGUCUCCACUCCCAUUGCUGGCAGUGGGAUAGGUGUUGGGGGGGUACAACUCCAUUCCUAACAAUGGGUACCUGUUAAUGAUUCCUCUUUCCUGUUCUGCUCUGUUCAAAUACAGUCUCUUUAAUUUUUGCACAAAACAUAUUUCGUGGUAAAUCAUUUUGUGGUCUUUAGUAGCCCCCCCGAAAAUCAUGUAAUAUGUUGUAGUUCUGUUUCAUAUUAAUUAAAUGUGUGUGGGGAAAAGAUUGUUACUUUUCUAUAUGAAAAAGAUAAUCACUGUUGAUGGUAGAAGUUUCCUGAUAUUUGUAAUAUAAUUGUAUGUAUUUAGUUUUGUCCUUUUUUCUUUUUAUAGGAACCGAAGAGAGAUCUUUUUUUACACAUUUGAAUUUUUAUUUGCACUUGUGUAUUUUAAGCCUAACCAUAAUUGGUCAUUUUACAUAACUAAGUAGGUCUGAAAAUCAGUCACAAGUGAUAUGUUAAAUACUUUCUCAAUUUAAUUCUAAAACCUCCAACAUUCACAUUAAAUGGCCUCCCCAAACCCUUAAUUCUUUUAAAUGACCUUGCUGUUAGUUUGUAAUGAAUAAUGGAUACUAAAGAAAACACUGUGGAAGACGACGGGAUGUUGUUUGUGCUCUUCUGUACUUUUGUACAAGCUGGCUGGUUUUUAGUAUACAGACAGAGAGCUGUGGAAUAACUGCCGAAUUGCAGGGUUCCUCAGCCUUCCUUUCCUCUCAGUCGGCCCAGUGAAUUACAUAGCUUAGAGUAGCCCAGAUAAGGCAAUAUACGGUUGACCCUUGAACAAGGCCAAUUUGAACCAUGUAGGUCCACUUACAUGCGGAUUUUUUACAGUACUGAAAAUGUAUUUUCUCUUCCUUAUGGUUUUCUUAACAUUUUCUUUUCUCUGGCUUACUUUAUAAUAAUACGGUAUAUAAUACAGACAAUGUACAAAAUAUUUGUUAGUGGACAGCUAUGUCAUCAGUCACCCAUAGGCUAUUUGUAGUUCAGUUUUGGGUGAGUCAAAAGUUAUACUUGUAUUUUCCACUGUGCAGGGGUCGGUGCCCCUAAUCCCUGUGUUGUUCAAGGAUCAACUAUAUUUUAUCUUAAUUAGUGCCAUGAGAUGAAAUGUGUUGCCUUUAAUUUAGUACCUAUUAUCAGGUGGGAACUAUACAGGGUACCUUGCAAACAUUAAUUUAAUCUUUACAACAAUGGGUGAGUAUUGUUAUUCCCUCCCUUUUUUUCAAAAGAGAGGAGAAUGAAGAGCUAAGUUUGUCAAAGUCACAUAUUCAAUAGCAACAAAGAAAUUUUCUUUCCCAUUUUGUAACUAUUAUGUUUAUAUAGCCCAGACAUAAAAAGAUGUGCUAUCUUCCAUUAUACUUUACAGUCUAAUAUAUAUGAGUGAAUUUGAUACUGCUUUAUAUAUGCAGUUAUAUUUUAUGGAGGAAUUAACUACUGCUAAGAACAUUUUAAGCUUAUAAAUGUUCUAUUAUAAUAUUGAUUUCUUGAUGCAUUGUUUUAAAGACAAUUAAAAUAAUAAAGAAUAA